UACAAGUGCUACAUACGGUACAGCAGGGCUGUGCUCUCAGGAUCCUGUUCUGGUACCCUGAUUUCCCCUCCCUCUUGCUUUAUCCUCAGAUGUCUUCUCAUAUGCCGAUUAAAAAGGGUCAGCACUCAGCAUUAUCCUGUUCCACCCCAAACCCUCACUUUUCUGCUUGCCCUCCCCACCACUCCUCCUGUGCUGUUCCUCCCCUCUUCUGCAGGAGUUAGAGGUGCACUGAGUUCUGCUGCUACCUCCAGGAUUGGAUGUCAGCUCCCUCAUCCCUCUUCCAGAGGAGGCUUCCAUCAGCUUGCAGCACAGAGAGGCAAUGAGGAGCUGGGCGCCUGCUUGUUAGCUCAGACAUCAGUAGGUGUACACAUUUGGGCAGAAUGGAUCAUUUACAUCUAGUACUCCUCUUAUUCUCUAUUGUAACAGCAAACACUUGCAGGGGAGAUGAUGCAAGUCAGUGGGGCUACAACUCAAACAUCAAGGAAAUACCACACAUUGUCAGUUCAGAUGUUGUCCAUCUUAACAGUCCGCUAUUCACAGCAGAAUCAAAGUUGGAGCUCCAUGGAGCCUGUGGAAUUGAGUGUCAGAAGAAUUUGCCACCACCUACUCUAAGUGAUCUUGAAAAUUAUCUUUCCUAUGAGACAAUGUUUGAAAAUGGCACACGCACAAUGACCAAAGUAAAGGUUGAAACAUGGCUGCCCGGGAAGUUAAAUCAGACAAGUACAUCAGAAAAACCCAGUCUGCGCAGGAAAAGGCAGGUGUAUGGCACUGACAGUAGGUUCAGUAUAUCAGACAGGCAUUUCAUGACCAAUUAUCCUUUUAGUACUGCAGUUAAGCUGUCUUCUGGAUGCAGUGGCAUUCUUAUUUCACCCAAACACGUUCUAACAGCUGCCCAUUGUGUACAUGAUGGCAAAGAUUAUAUUAAAAGUGCCAAAAAGUUACGGGUUGGAAUCCUAAAACUCAGAACAAAGAGGGGAGGCAAGAGACGUAAAGGCUCAAAGAAAAACAAAGAACCUACCCCUAGUGAUGAAGAUACUCUAAGAAAGGAUGGCAAAAAACAAAGGAGAAAAUCAGUACAGAAGAGAUCAGCAGCAGAAGACACCGAGCGUGAAAGCACAGGAGUUGCUGGAAUAGGAAAGGGCUCCAUGGCUGGAAAACCUUCCUUCCAGUGGACAAGAGUGAAAGCUAUACAGAUCUCCAAAGGAUGGUUCAAGGAGGUAUCAGAAAACAUGACCCUGGACUAUGAUUAUGCUGUUCUGGAACUAAAACGUCCACAGAAAAAGAAGAAGUACAUGGAAAUAGGAAUUAGCCCUGAAAUUGAUAAGAUGCCAGGAAAUAGAGUACAUUUCUCAGGAUUUGAUGAUGACAGAGCAGGACAGCUGGUAUAUCGCUUCUGCAGUGUUUCAGUGGAGUCUAAUGAAUUGUUUUAUCAGUAUUGUGAUGCAGAACCUGGCUCUAGUGGUUCUGGUAUUUACAUCCGUCUCAAAGAGCCAAAUAAAAAACAAUGGAAGCGAAAACUUAUUGCUGUCUAUUCAGGGCACCAGUGGGUGGAUGUUGGUCAGGAACAACAGGAUUACAAUGUAGCUGUAAGAAUUACUCCACUCAAAUAUGCCCAGAUCUGUCUCUGGAUACAUGGGAACAAUGCUGAUUGUUCUCAAGGUUGAACUUGGGUGAAACCAUCAAUAGCUCAUAUCUCAAGUUGAUGGAUCAGCUCAAACAAGAUUCUCUAGAAGGUCAUCUACUGCUCAUACAUGAUACAGCAGAAUUGAAAAAAGAAAACAAAACCUAAUAAAAAAGGUGCUCUACACGAUAAAUUGGACAAGAGACUAAAUACUCUACUACCUACAUGUAUUUGGAUUUUUAUUAUUUUGUGAAAAGUUAUGCGUUUAUAUAAUGCCUACACCGUAGGAUGUUCUUCUACAAAACAUUCCUUGGAGGACCAUUAACGGUGCUGCUUUAGGCAUAGAGAGCUCUCAGGACUGCCUAUCAGUAUGCUACAGUACCCAUUUAUCACAUAUACAUUCAGACUGUUCAUAAUUGUUCCUUAGAUAUAUUUAUAGUGUAAUAUAGCCCUGCUCACUGACAGCACAAGGCUCACUCUGCGUGUGGCAUCAUGGGAUACAUAACAGUCAGUGAAGGUAAUGAAGAGACCUCAUACAAUAUGGUUUGCCUACAUGUUCUGCAUUUACAGCAAAUUACAAAUUUCUAUACUGUACCAUUGGGCAUAAUGUUAAAUGAUAAAAAUAUACAAUGGUUGCAUUUGUGUGUGCAUAGAGCUAAACACCCUGUCAUACUGCAUGGGAUAUUUCCAACUAAAAUAAUGUUUGCUAUCCUACUGUGUUAGAAGCUCUGGAUAGUCUGGAAGUGCCAUUUCCUUACCGUGACAUUUCCUUACCGUCCCAGAGACAUGUUAUGGCUUAACCCACUGUGCUCCUGGCUACCAGAGCUUAGUCAAGUCAUAGCAAACACCCAAUUUUAAUUAAUUAUAUGUAGGAAACACCAAUUAAUCUGGAGAGUUGCUAGGCAUAUGCACAGCAGCUGGCAGCUAUAUUCUGUACUGGCAGUAGGGCACACAGUGGUGAAAACAUGGUGGUGUUGGCAAAGCAGAUAAGGUUUCAUAAAUGAACCAUAUUAUAAUACACAAGUAAUAAGUCUAAAUGUAAAGGGCGUCUUCACUCUACUUUGAUAACCUAAAACCUUGUGCUUGUAGUAGAAAUGAAUCACUUAAAUAUUCUUUACAAUAGUGAAAACUCUGUAUAUGUACAGAGAGAAAAGAAGACUCUUGUGUUGGGGCACUCUUGAAUAAAUUGUGUGAAUAUAAAAUAUUGAAACU